AUGAGCAAAAAUUAAAAAAAGCAAAAUAAAAAUUAAAAUGAACAAAAAAAAAAUAACUAAAAAGCAGAAAGCGACUUAGAAUUUUUGCAAUAGUACAUAAAAGAACAAGAAAAUACCAAGAGUGCAUAAAAGCCCUCUUAAAAAAAGGAAGAAUAAUCUGAUUAAAAUUCUUAAUAAAUAAACUAAAAUACAUAUGGAAAUUUAGGACCUGCCUAUAAGGAAGGUAUGGAGUUGAUAAAUACGAGAUAUUAAGAUAAUUCAGAAAUAAUUAAUUUAGGAUCGUGGUAAGAAGGUGAAACAAAAUAAACAAGCCCACCCACAAUUCCAAUAGAAAAACAAUAUCCAGAAAAAAAUUACCCACAAGGAUAAAUAAUGGAAUACACAAAAGAUUAAGCGUUCCGUACAUCAUCAUAGGAAAUGAAAGAAAGAGAAAAAUUGAUGGAUCAUUAAAUAGAAUGCUUAAGAAAAGCUGCUGAAUGUCAUCGUUAAGUAAGAAAAUACUGCCAACAAAUAAUCCGACCUGGCAAGCGUUUAAUUGAUAUUUGUGAACAAAUUGAAGAAAUGAACCGUUUUCUCAUUUAAGAAAAUGGUCUUGAAGCUGGUAUAGCAUUUCCUACUGGAUGUUCCCUUAAUCACGUAGCAGCUCACUAUACUCCUAAUAAUGGAGAUUUUACUACUAUAGAAUAUAAUGAUGUAUGUAAAAUAGACUUCGGGACUUAAGUAGAAGGUAGAAUUAUAGAUUGUGCCUUUACUGUCGCCUUUAACCCUAAAUACGAGAUGCUUUUGAAAGCUGUAAAAGAGGCCACAAAUGUUGGUAUAAGGGAAGCUGGAAUAGAUGUAAGAAUUCCUGAUGUAGGUGCCGCUAUAUAAGAAGUAAUGGAGAGUUUUGAAGUAGAAAUGGAUGGUAAGGUUUAUCCAGUUAAAGUUGUUAGAAAUUUAAACGGACAUUCAAUUGAUCCUUAUAAUAUUCAUGCUGGAAAAAGCGUACCUUGUGUCAAAUCUGGACCAAAUGUAAAAAUGGAAGAAGGAGAAUAAUAUGCUAUAGAAACAUUCGGAGUUAUUAAUGGAAAAGGAAUGAUUUUUGAAGAUGGAGAAUGUUCACAUUAUAUGAAGGAGUUUGGUAAAGAAAUGGUACCUUUAAGAAUUCCUAAAGCAAGAAAUCUCUUGAAAUUUAUAGAUAAUAAUUUUGGAACUUUGGCAUUUUGUAGAAGAUGGUUAGAUAGAGGAGGAUAAACAGGACAUGUUUUGGCAUUAAAGUAAUUAUGUGAUGCUGGUAUUGUUAAUCCCUAUCCACCUUUAGUAGAUAUUAGAGGAAGUUAUGUUGCUUAAUAUGAACAUACACUUAUUCUUAAACCAAGUUGUAAGGAAGUUAUAAGUAGAGGAGAUGAUUACUGAAACAUUUUUUAUAUAAUUG